AUGGCAUCUCAAAGCUUCUGGGGUCGCUUCAACCUGAGCAACGAAGAUGGAAGGUCAUGUAUGAGAGCUGUACAAAAUGCAUAUAUAGGGUAUGAGGUGAAAGAGUUUGAACAACAGGGAUAUUGCAGUUGCACGUUCUUGGUUGCGCCUUUGAGCGGUACUGAGCACAGCAUAGUUAUGGAUAAGGACCUGGCAGAGGAAUUUCAAGAGUGCAGCACAAGAAACGAACUCAUCGUUCAACUCCGGCCUGCGUCUCACGCACUUGAUCUCGACAUUAUGCACAUCGCAACCAAAAUCUAUCCAUCGCUGGCCCCAACCGUCGCGCUCCUGGACGUACCCCUACCUGUAAGCCUGAAGGCUUACGAGAUGAACAGAAUUCCCGGUACAUCUCUCAGUCGCCUGAUGCCGCGCGCACAUACCUUGAAUACAAAAGAGCAAGCACGACUGGAAACAUUGGUCUUGAGCUUUGCCGAAUUCAUGGCACAAGGCUGGCAGUGCGCGUCGAAAGCGCCAGCAUCACCAACACCCAGAACCACGCGAGCUGACUCGCCAAUGGAAGAUACAUCAGAUAUACUCUCACAGUGUCGCGGCAAAGUCGGUUCAAGCAUUAUCUAUCGACUCAGGAAACUUGCUGCAGAACUACCCGACACAUGCUUGAGAAAAAGAACAGAGAAGACACUUUCAGCCAUGCAAGAAAUGACGGACUACCCUGUCAUUCUAAAUCACGGGGAUAUUAUACCAUCCAACAUUAUCAUCGACGAGAGUCGGUGGGAGAUGACUGGCUUGGUCGAUUGGGCUGAAGCAGAGUUCUUGCCCUUUGGAACGUGUCUUUAUGGGCUGGAGCAUUUGCUAGGAUAUUACGAACAAAAUUCUUCAAGCACAACAUCUACAUGGGUCUACUUUGGAGGAGCCGCAAAGCUUCGAGAGGCGUUCUGGGAGCACUUGUUCGCAGCUGCACCGGGUCUGAAGGCGCGCGAGGAUGAAGUGAGGACGAUGCGGGACAUGGGCGUGUUGCUGUGGCAUGGCAUCGCGUGGGAUGAUGGAGCUAUUAAUCGCGUGGUUAGUGAACUUCGAGAUCAGGAAGAAUUGGUGAAGCUUCGUGCUUUUCUGGAUGCGGAUUGA